AUGGCUUCCUCCUCCUUCAGAGAUUCCAUGAAUUCCUUAGGCUGGUCGCGUCGCGACCCGGACCUACCCGUAAACACUGCUCAGCAGACCGGUGGCCUAUUAUCCUCGAUAAAAUCGCUGAAUCCAUUUGGAGACAGUGGCUAUGUUCGACUGCCUACCACAGAGGGUGCGGGUGCGCCUCUACCUGGUCGAAACCGCCGCGAAGAAGAAGAAGGAUGGUUUGCCUUGAGUAGGUGGGAUCGACUUUUACUCUUUGCUGGGUUUAAUAUCGGUGCAUUGGCCUGUUUUGUUAUUUGUUUCGUCUUAUUCCCGUACCUGAUCGUUCUUCCAACCAAGUUUGCGAUUUUAUGGACCCUAGGUUCAAUGCUAUUCCUCGCAUCAUGGGCCGCGAUGAUGGGCCCGUGGACGUACAUGAACCACCUGAUAUCAGCGCCACGCCUUCCGUUUACCGCGACUUAUUUCGGAUCUAUUGCGUUGACCCUAUAUUUCAGUCUAGGCCUUCGAAGCAAGCCGUUGACCUUGAUCUCGGCGAUUAUCCAAAUAAUCUGCUUGACUUGGUAUCUGGUCAGCUAUUUCCCAAUGGGUUCUAGUGGUCUUCGACUGGCGACAAACUUCGGAGUUAAUAGAGCAGCUGCGUGGAUGUCAGGUUAA